AGCUGUCGCGGGAACUGCAUUCAAAAAGCCCUGGCGCUUCCCCGAGAGCUAGCUCGGUGAAUGGGCGAGCGUCUCUGGUCGUGAGGUGGUAUUGCCGUCGCGAACCUGGGCGCCGUGAGCCCUCGUCACGAGCCGCCGGCUGCAGCAGCUGGGGAAAGGGGUGAGGAGAGAGUAGACUAAAAACGAAAAAAAAAAAACAUGGAGGCAGAUAUAAUUGUAGAUCUUCGAUGCAAGCUCAAAGAGGUCGAAGAAGAGCGACUUAAAGCUGCACAGUAUGGCUUACAACUAGUGGAGAGCCAAAAUGAGUUGCAGAAUCAGUUGGAUAAAUGUCGUAAUGAAAUGAUGACCAUGACUGAGAAUUAUGAACAAGAAAAAUAUACUCUUCAGAGAGAAGUUGAGCUUAAGAGUCGAAUGUUAGAAAGUUUGAGCUCUGAAUGUGAAGCUAUUAAACAACAACAAAAAACACACCUGGAGCAAUUGAAAGAACAACUGAGCAGAAGCCAUGGACAAGAAGUAAAUGAACUAAAGAAUAAGUUAGAAAAACUGAAAGCUGAAUUAGAUGAAGCUAGGCUUAGUGAAAAGCAAUUGAAGCACAAAGUAGAUCAUCAGAAAGAACUCCUUUCAUGUAAAUCAGAGGAAAUGCGAAUAAUAUCUGAGCGUGUACAUGAAAGCAUGUCUUCAGAGAUGCUAGCUCUUCAAAUUGAACUGACUGAAAUGGAAAGUAUGAAGACCGCCCUCAAAGAAGAAGUGAAUGAACUACAAUAUAGACAAGAACAACUAGAACUUCUUAGUACUAAUUUAAUGCGCCAGGUAGACCGACUUAAAGAAGAAAAAGAGGAGCGAGAGAAAGAAGCAGUUUCUUACUAUAAUGCUUUAGAGAAAGCUCGUGUAGCAAAUCAAGAUCUUCAGGUGCAAUUAGACCAGGCACUCCAGCAAGCCUUGGACCCCAAUAGUAAGGGCAACUCUUUGUUUGCAGAGGUGGAAGAUCGAAGGGCAGCAAUGGAACGUCAGUUUAUCAGUAUGAAAGUCAAGUAUCAGUCACUGAAGAAGCAAAAUGCAUUUAACAGAGAACAGAUGCAAAGAAUGAAGUUACAAAUCGCCACAUUGCUGCAAAUGAAAGGGUCUCAAACUGAAUUUGAACAGCAGGAACGGUUGCUUGCUAUGCUAGAGCAGAAGAAUGGUGAAAUUAAACACCUCUUAGGUGAAAUUAGAAAUCUGGAGAAAUUUAAGAGCUUAUAUGAAAGUACAGAAUCUAAGCUUUCUGCCAACUCUGGAGCUCCGGAAGAUAACACCUAUUACACAGAUUUACUUCAGAUGAAGCUUGACAACUUAAACAAAGAAAAUGAAAGCACUAAAGGUGAAUUGUCCAUACAACGAAUGAAAGCAUUAUUUGAGAGCCAAAGGGCUUUGGAUAUUGAGAGAAAACUUUUUGCAAAUGAAAGAUGCCUCCAGCUCUCCCAAAGUGAAAAUAUGAAACUGAGAGCUAAACUAGAUGAGCUAAAACUGAAGUAUGAACCUGAAGAGAAAAUCGAAGUGCCUGUACCCAAAAAGAGGCGGGAAGUCCUGCCUGUGGAUAUAACCACCCCUAACAAUGUAUGUACCAAAAGUGCUGUUGAGGAAGAAGUUUAUAAAUUACCACCUCAGAAAGAGGAGGCCCAGUGCUGUCCCAGCAUUUCUGAAGAUAACUUGCAGUUAGAAAAGACAGUUUCUAUAAAUACACCAGGAAUCAAUCUCUCUCCUCACAAAAGUCUGCCCAUGGACAUUCAGCCAAAGAAGGAAAAGAAAUGUGUGAAACUUAUAGGAGUUUCAGCUGACUCUGAAGCCUUAAGUGAAAGAAGUGGAAACACCCCAAAUUCUCCCAGGUCAGUGUCCUCUUUUCUUCAGGGCAACCAGCAGGCCUCUCCAUCUCUUCUCUAUCGCUGCAUGAACUGUGCUAUCUGUGUCUUUAUCUAUUUUCUUAGUAUUGCAUGUAGUAUAAUUCCACAGUUUCAUCUGCCUACCUUCAACUUUUCUAAAACCUUAAGAAAAACUAAAAUGAUUACAAAGGGAAAGGAUUCCUGAACAAAGGAAUUACUUUCAAAAGUUACACUUUGCUCUUUCAUGAAACAAAAAUAUCACAGUCUAGUACAUCUCUGAAUGUUUGUUGGUUUGAAUAAAUGAACAGUUUUUUUUUUCCCUAGUUCAAGAGUGGCCAUGAAAGAAAAAUUAUCUUACCUCUUAAAAGGGCUUUCUAGUCUAAGAAAUUGCAGCUUUCUUGAUAACUGUUAGGUGAAUUUUUUCUUAUGGCUCUUGAAAAUGUUUCUCCUAAGUCUUUAAGAAUGAGCUUUGAUUUUGAUAUUUUUAAAUAUCAAAGGUAAUUUUCAUUUUAUAUCAAAACUUCAAAGCCUCUCAUUUCUACAUAUUUGAGUUUGUGACUAAAAGAGAAAGUGUCAGACUUAUAUGUAUAUAGGACUUAAAAUUUUAAGAGUCUUAUCUUUAAGAAAAUAAUAGAGAUAAGAGAAAGUGAGUGAAAGAGAAAGGUAGGUAACAGUGGCCAAGGGUAGGGUGGAAUAAGGCACAGGCCCAGGUCUUCACAAGCAGGACCAAGGUUAGGGCAAGAGAAAUGAAGAAAAUGGAGAAGGUAAUAAAAAGAUGAUAAAGGAUGUCUGUAUGCAGUGGAAUAAUAGAUGCAUUUAAAACAAAUAUCUUCAGAUUUAAAAAAUUAAGAAUAUUGAUGUGGACAGAGCUUGGAUUGUUUGCUUAUGAAAGGAGAUCUUUAAGGUGCUGCUAGGGCUACAUGAGUUGUAGAUGGGAGGGUACAGAAUAAGACAUGUUACUAGUGUGCAUUUGAAUUAAUAUAGUCAGGCAUAGCUCACCUUUUUAAAGGGGCUGUUUUAUAUGUUUUAUCUGAUUUUUUUUUUUUUAUUGAAAGUCUUCAGUGCUAUUAAAGGUGGUGCUCUAUAGUGAAAGCCCCUCAACAACAUGAGCUGCUAUUACUAUUAAGAGAAGUACAGUUGAGGGCACUUGGGUGGCUCAGUUGGUUAAGCGACUUCCUUGGGCUCAGG